CCCUAAGACCUAACCAUUUUUAUGUGCUUCCCAGACUGGCUCCCAUGUAUUUCCUAGUCAUCGCCAUGUCAGACUUUGGUGCGGCAUUGUUCGACAACAUCACUUUAUUUCACAUCGAACACAAAAUUCAAGUGAAUUGCGCAAAAUAUUGGUGGCGAAAUGUAUUCUUCAUACAAAAUUUCUACGAUCACAAUGAUGCUUGUGCGCUGUGGACCCGGUCGCUGGCAUGCGACAUGCAAUUUUCAAUAUUGGCCACAGUUUUGCUCUUCACAUAUGUCAAACACCUGCGUCGCGCAAAACUCUGCCUUGGCACGCUCGUCUUCGCCAGUAUUUUGAACACCGACGUCGUCGGCCUCAAAUUGAACUUCGAUCACACACUCGAAUCCACGUUUACCUAUUUGACAGAAAUCUACACCAAUCCUUGGUCGCGCAUUCUGGCCUACAUUUGCGGCAGCAUUGCCGGCUGGUGGUUCGUAGAGCAGCGGCGACUACCAUUUGCUUUGAGUAAAAUUAUGCAGCAAUUGUUUGGCUAUUUGCUGCCGCUAGUAGUGCUCGGCUGUAUAUUGAAGCCAGCCUAUACGAAUCUUUCGCCACUGGCAGCCACUUCAAUUUUGCUAUUGGAACGGAUUAUCUUCAGCUUGGCGUGUAGUAUUUUGAGUAUGUCCAAUGCGUAUGGCCAAAUGCGUUGGUUUUUUCGCUACAUCGAGUCGACUGUGUUUGAGAAAUUCAACCAAGUUUCUUAUGCAAUAUUUAUGUUGAAUCCAAUUUUCAUAUUUGCGUUGCCAGGUUUUAGCCAAUCGAAUUUGUACGCCAAUCCUUUGAAUGUGCUAUUCGAAUACAUUGGAGUUGUGGUUACUUUAGUGUUAUUUUCAACACUUUUUACCUUACUCUUUGAUAUACCCUAUCAAAAUUUAUCAAGACUGCUAAUCAUUCGUCAAGCAAAGCGGAAAAUUGCCUAACUCUUGAAAAAGUAUUU